AUGCGUGCCGCCACCGUCCUCUUCUCUGCCCUCUCCCUCCUUGGCCUUGCCCAGGCGAGCUGCCCUGAGGGAACAACGGUCAACUGCUGCAUCAAGCUCGAAGGCACCACUGCUUCCACCUGUGCUCAACCUGGAGCUACCUACUGCCAGGAGCCCGGCAACUCGCUCCUCCCAGUCUGCUGCAAGAGCUACAGCCUGACUCCAAGGGGCUAUGUUGGCACCGAGUGCACCAAGCUCUCCACAGGCUGCUACUAG